UAAGAUACGAUGCAACCUGGUUGUUGGCUGCGUGCCACCCAGCCAGCAAUAGCAGAUGGAGGGGGAGCUCUAGCAGGAACCGGAAAAGGAACAAGAGCAACAGCACUAAAAGGUGGAUCACCGGCAGUAACAGCAGACGGAGAAGUUGGCGGGGGCUAUAUAGAAUCUUCGGCAUCGGUGGCUACUUUGGCUUCCAUCUCAUCAAUUGCUUCCACAUCGGCUGCAGCAAUGGCGGCACUGAAGGCCCGACCUUAUUUGGUUGCACCCUUUGUUACCACAGCCUCAGCACCACCCACUCCACAUCCCCACGCAUCCAUUUCGACAAACACGGCCCGCACAGCGCCAGCUACACCUACACGUCGUCGCAUCGGUCCCGAAAACGAUUUGGACCUGGUUGAGGACUUGGAUGUGGCACUUGCUCAAAUAGAGGACCCGCAGACACACACCAAGAACAAAUCGCAUCGCUUUUUCUGGCGCAAGGCACUGCGACGUGUCUUCCAGCGUCGAAAGUGACGGCGUCGCCGGCAGGACUUGCCCCGCUGGCAUCGUCCCGCCCGUCGCUGUCGUCGUCGCAACCUGGCCGAGCGGGUGAGGCGCAUCUGCGCCUGCUGUGCCUACGGCCAGAUCCUGCUGCGUGCAGCCCGCGUGGCCCUGCUCAGCUGCAUCCGCUGGCGAACCCGUGGCAACAUACGCAACAACAACUUUUACUUCAGCAACCACUAAACCAUCAGCAGCCAGCCAGCCAACCAGCAGUCGCUAAUCUCCGUGAUCCAGUAAACUCAAUUACCAUUCGAUUUAGUUUUACACACGCCAACGCUUAACUUAUUCCCUGUGUUUUAGAUCGACGAUUAGACCAUUUUUGUUGCUACGUAUGAAAUUAUAAUAUUGUAUUACCGCCUACACGAACACGUCCCCACGAAUCCUGUACAUAGGCUCGACAGUUCUCGAUCCCAUUAUUCAUUUUAAUUAAAGCGACGCAUAAGAGAGCGAUGGUAGAGCAUGAGCAAUUGUCGCAUACAAACCAUAUAUGUGUUACUGUACAUUUACCCGAGAUGCGAAUCGGCAAAUCUACAUUUAUAAGCGUACAUAGUUAAAUGAAAUAAAGUCGACCCAUCGAUGGGUGUCUAACACGCGCCAUCGUCGAUUCGAUGGAAUAGGGCAGUAGAGCAGCGCGUCUGGAUUUUUAUAAGCAUAUGUAUAUGCACAUGGAUGCAGAAACUUGAGCUGAACAUAACAAUAAUGAGAACGUAGUUAAUUAGUUUAUCCUCGGCUUAGUGAUCGACAUGAACAAUUUGAAAUGGCAUUAGUAAAAACGUAACCUGAAAUAGAAAAGCGAAUGCACUACCAACAACCACAAGAAAGUAAUCCUUAACCCCUAAUCGGAACUAAUAAGCGUAUAAAUAUAAUUAAAGUAGCCGCCACAAAAAAUCGUAUUGUUCAACAUUAAAUAGUAGCGCAAGCGCAAAAUAAUUGCAGCUAUAUCAAAUAGAUAAAUGUUCAAGACACAGACACACCAAAUUUGGCACUUUAUCAAGACUAGAGCCACACAAAAUUUAUGGAAUUUCUCUUGACCACUCUUAACACAAGCAUAAACACCUAGAGGCCACUUUAGUUAGGACUAGGAGCUAGAGCGAUUUUCUUAAUAGAAACGAUUCGACUCGGAGCGGUAGGGUAGCAGAAGCAAAAACAAAGGCGACGGAUUAGCAGAAACGCGAGAUGGAGGGGUCCAUUGUCAUUGGCAAUCGGAUCGGAGGGCAGGGGAUGUGUGACUAACUGACUAAUAACUAUUACGGAUACGUACACACAUAUAUAUAUGGAUAAGUGGCCUUAAUAAUUCGGUUCUCCGCACCACACAACGCACCACAAUCACCACACGCACCCAACAAGCUAACUACAAAACCACAAAACGAUACGAAACCAAGUACACCAGCCAAUCUGAGAAAGCUAUUGCAAUUAACACAAUUAACGCUGCGCGAACUAAGAAGUUAAAGAAUUAGGUAUGAAUAUUAUGGUAACUCGGGCAGACAUUAUUGUAACUAGACAGCCUAGCCAGCUAGCAUGCAUAUAUCAAUCUAAAAUUAAACUAAAUGUGUCCAGGAUCAAGGGGAAUUGAAGAAUGAAAUGAAUAAGUGGCAGCCCAAUAUCGAUCUACGACGUUGUCAUCAAGUUAAUCGUAACAUUACAUUAAAGAAAAUUCAAAUAUCUUCGGCUGGCCGAUGUUUCGAAAAUACUUACGCAUAUACUCUUUGAAAAUCGCCCAGACUUCCGAACGAAGCUAUGUACUAAACUUGGUAUCACAGGUGGAAAAUCUGGGGACAGACGCCCAGCACGGAUGACCACUCUUAAAUGAAUUACAUAUGUAUAACCAGAAUCAGGAACCCAGCUGCCGAAUUGCAAUUCCAGUAUGUUCUCACGCUUUCAAAGAGUAUAAUUAUGAAUUAUACGAUACGAUACAUAAUUUAUUGAUGUAGUUAUAAACAAAAUAAACAACAAAUUACACAAAUUGGAAAGCAA